AUGCAGUCUAAACAAACUAUUAACGAUUUUCCAAAAAUUAGUUUAAACCUUAAAAAUUCGUCAUUAAGUGCUGUUAAGGCGUUGCAUGUUGUCGCAUACGGGGAUAAAGGGUUGCCGCGACAAACUAGGAAGAAUUUGCGGAAUUUUACAAAUUUUGCGUGGGAUAAAGGAUCCCAGGAAUAUUCCACAAAAAUAGACGACAUAAAAAACAAACUAAGUAUGCCGGACUUAGUAGCAGUUUGCCAUGUUUUAGUUCUGAACUACACUGGUUCAGAGGACGACGUGAUUGAACGUAUUUGUUCAUUUUUGAACGACUUCAAUCUUGAAGACGAGACUGACGAUGAAGACGAAGACGCUAGCGACGAUAACGGUGAUAAAGACGUUUAUCAUAAUGAAGAAGGUAAAUACGUUACCGACGACGAUGGCGAUAAUGAGGAUAACGACGUUAAUAGUGAUAAAGACGAAGAAGGUAAAGACGUUACCGAAGACGAUGGCGAUAAUAAGGAUAACGACGUUAAUAAUGAUAAAGACGCUUAUCACGAAGACGAAGAAGAAAGUAAAGACGUUACCGACGACAAUAGUAAUCAUGAUGAUAAUAGGAAAGAUAAAAGAACGACGGAUUUAUUUACGAGGAAUAGAUCAAAAUCAAACAACAUGACGAGAGGCAGACUGAAUGAUUCAUUUGCCUUAACUUUUAGAGACGUAGAAGAAUUAGUCGAAAGUUACGAACCUUUUUUUAACUCCUUUAUUCUGCAAUCUAUCAGUAAUGACAAUAAGCGUCUUUGUUGA